AUGAAAAUCUCAAAUUUUGAAAUAGAUUUGAGUGAAAAUGCACAGGUUAAGAAAAGUAACACAACUCGUGCUAAAGGUCAACUUAGAAGAAUGGAUACUCAGCAAUCUCUUUCUUUCAGGAAAAAGCAGAAGUCACACUAUGAACCUGAACAAGAUACCGAGAAUAAUGACGUAAAUCCUAUAGCUGGAAUCAGUGUAGAGGAAGAAGAACAGAAGAUAUUUACGUGGGGUGAGCGAAGUAGAGCUCUGUCACAAGAAGAAACGACAUUUCUGCAGAAAAAUGCCUUGCAGAGAAAAUUGGAGAAAAUCAGUUCUGUUGAAAACAUACUUCUUGAGAGUUCUUUCAAAUAUCAGUUUUUUGAAGGUAAAUAUUCAUUGUUUUUUGUCGUUCUGACAGUGUCAAUAUGUGGAAUUAAGAGCAGAACUAAAGAUGUGGAACAUUGCUUAUCACUGUGUGUAGAGGUGAGACUGCAUGGACUAAUAAGCAAAUUGAUUAAGAUGUCAAAGAAGAAAAGAAGCCUAAUGUUGUCCACAGCAGAAGUUCAACAUUGUGUCGUCAUCUCUAACCAGGAACUUUGGAAGAAGGAGAUUAUGCGUGAUAAAGAGUUUAGAGGAGAAAUUGCUGCUAAUGUUGACAGGAACAAAGAUAUAAAAUGUGCUGAACCUUCCCAGGAAAAUAAAAUGAAAAGAACUGCAGAUGAGACACUUCGCUCUGCAAAUAGAGCAGCCAGGGCAGCAGCAGGUUGGGACGACAUCACAUCAAAGUGGAAAUUUAUGGGCAAACCAGAACGGAAGAAGCAAGAAACUAGUAGUAGUAGUCAUCAAGAAUCACAAAGAAAAGGUACAAUGCUGACUGAUUGUGUGUUGAGGCAUUUUUUGUUUUGUGUGAUGGACGAUGAAUACAUUGCAGGGACAGUAAAGGGGUUUGAGCCCAAGAUAACAAUCAAGGACAUUAUUGCACUACUUGAAAGGGAACCUCUUAUGUCAAAAUCGACACUCAACUACUGCUUAUGCAAUCGGUAA